UUGGUUAGCCUACUCUUCAGGAAACUGUUUACUUCCCGACCUUAGCUAUUUUUACUGAGAAGACGGGACAUAAUUAAGGCCAUUCUUCCACAUUUUAUAACGUUAAACAUGUCGGAUAUUGUCAAAAGGUCUGAAGUUAGUGAAGAAUCAACGCCUCGAAAGAAACAGAAAAUUGAAACACAAACGGAUCAAAAUGUUUUAGCACAUUUCCAAAUGAAGUCAGUGCUGCGUGAUUCAACGCGGGAGAAAACAAUCUUCAUUCAUGGAGAGGUGGAGGAUCAGGAGGCCAUUGUAAUCCUGGAGAAGACUCCCAUAGGCCAUGACUCCCUCCCUGAGAUGCUGAAAAAAUCCACCCUGGAGUUGAAGAUGAAAAAUGACAUCUACAGCACUUACCAGCUCAUUCCUCCAGCCCAUCUAAGCGAUAUGAAAACAACAGUGAUUUGCCCAGCAACCCAAAAGCAUGUGAAGAAGUACCAGGUCCAGGAGACAUUCCUGGUGGAGGAGACGGAGGAGGACUAUCGCUCUAUUACCCUCCCCUACAUUCAGAGCCAAAGCUUCAGUGUGCAGUGGGUUUACAACAUCUUGGAGAAAAAAGCAGAGGCUGACCGGAUCAUUUGUGAAGAUCCAGAUCCCAAAACUGGUUUUGUUUUGCUCCCAGAUUUUAAAUGGGACAUGAAGCAGGUUGACGACCUGUACUUGAUAGCCAUUGUUCGUUCAAGAGAUAUAAAGAGCCUGAGGGACCUCAGAUCAGAGCAUAUCCCUUUGCUUGAAAACAUCUUGAAGAAAGGGCAGGAGGCCAUCCUUCAACGGUUCAGUGUCCCUGCUUGCAAGCUCCGCAUCUACCUGCACUACCAGCCGUCCUACUACCACCUGCACGUGCAUUUCACCUCUCUGAGUCACGAUGCGCCAGGCUGUGGGGUGGAGAGAGCCCACCUGCUCUCGGACGUCAUCCUGAACCUGAAGGGAACCCCCAUGUACUACCAGAAGCGCCCACUGUCUUUCCCCCUACGGGCAGAUGACAACCUCGCCGCCAAGUUCAGGGAGGCAGGAAAGCUCCCAAACUGCUGACUGAACAGUUUACUGUCUUUUUAAAUAAUUAUGAUUUUAAGUGGUUUUGUACAAAUGUGUGUGUAUGUUUUUUUUUUUUAAAAUAAUAAUAAAAAAAACAAUGACAGUU